GAGACUGUCCUCACUGUCAUCGUCUGUUCAUUCGUCCUAUUGGGUCCCACGUGUCAAUCGGCGCCAGAUAGAGCAAGUUGUGCGCCGGGUUUUGGGACCCCAGUACUGUCAGUCGAGUGCCGGCCAUCGGCCGUUGUUAUUCCAUUGAAAAAAUUUUCAGGCUCACAGUGAGCCCCGGAAAUUCCCCUCCAAAUCCUCAACAUUCACCGUUAAAAAUCAACGCUCUCUAUCUUGCAACGUAAUAAUGUGGUAUUCAAAGUGGACAUGGAUUCUGGUGAUUGCAGCCGCGGUGGGGGCGUCAAGAGGAUGGACUGUUGGUAAUGGAAUUGAAUAUCAUCUGACAACAAUUGUCCUAUCGAGAGAGUCUGGUGCACCAAAGUCGGGUGGUGAUGUUGGAUUUCAAUUCACUGCUGACUUGAGUGUCACUGCUGUUUGGAAUGAUCCUGAGGAUUUUGAUGUGCUACUUCUCGAAAUUAAGCUACUUACCCCUCAACUGUACAUCAAAUCGCGGAAGGCCCCGGAGCCAGAAGGAUUCGUCGAGCACUCCUCGAAGAUUGAUGACAUCCCACAGCACCCGAUCUACCUCCUCUGGCAGAACGGAGAGAUCCUGAAGACAUUCCUAAGCCCCGACGAGACGAUCUCCUCCGCUAACCUUAAACGCGGACUGGUAAAUCUCUUCCAAUACAGAACCUCGGAUGGAGAAUAUCGGGAACGCGAUGCCUCUGGAGUCUGCAACGUCACCUACGAAUCUCGCGGUCCUCGCGUGAUCGCGAAAUCCAAGGAUCAUUGCGAAGAGAUCAGUCUUUCGCAACGGGAUCAGCAUCCUAACCCCGUCCUGGGAGUCAGCUUGGACAGCACUAGGUUCGCGGCCUACACGCUGGACCCCUCACUUUUACCAAUCAAGAUCGAGGAGACUGAAAUCCACGAGGUGACGCUUCAGGCGAAGCCGGAAGUCGGCGCGACGGUCACCACUCAGAGGAUCCUCCAAGAAACGCGAAGAGUAUCAGCCUCGCGGAUCGAUGGCAGGAGUGUCAGGGACGCCAUUGUUCACCUGCAACCCGGGUACAAGGAAGUGGAGAUCGAUCUUCAGGUGGAACCGAUCACUUGUCCCGAAUCUGGUUGUCGAACGUUGGAAGAACUCAUCGAGCAGAACCGAGAAGCCCUAGAGAAUUCAGCCCUCGGAACCGCGAAAUCUGCUGCCGCCUUCUUGAAACUCAUUCCUCUGGUGCGAGACGCACCCGCGGACGACCUCACGAAAAUCCUGAAGAGUCCGCGGUAUCUCCAGCUGAAGACCCAACUGCUAGACGUUUUAGGAUCAGCAUCUACUCCCGCCACUCACCAGGCAGCUAUGAAGAUCCUCCGUCAGGAUGAAACUGGCGAUGACAGCGAGCGUUAUCUGUGGGCAUUGUCAAUGUCCCCAGUACCUCACCCAGACAUUAUCAAAGACGUUCUCAAGCGUUCUGAGGAGACACUCCAAAACGAACGGGUAUCUGAGACACUAGCGCUGACCGCGGCCGCCAUGGCGAGACAACUUGAGACGCCCGCGAUAAAGGAAAAGGUUCGAGUCAGCCUGGAACUGGGGUUGGACACCUGCACGGGUGAUGAUUGCCGUCUGAAGUUCCUGCGGGCCCUCAAGAACCUCAGAAGUAAGACUUCUCUCCCAAUCUUGAUGUCCUACGCUAUCAACGGAACGAAAUCUACGAGUGUUGCAGCCUGGCGAGCCCUGGGGGCUCUCGACUCCAGAUACGUGACCGAGGAUCUCAAAAUCGCGGCUAAGAGGACGUUCUACCAAAUUGGAGGGCCUAAGAGGGACAGCAGCGCUAGGACCCUCGCCGCAGACAUCAUCCUUGAGAGUGAACCUUCGGUUGAGGACCUCAGGGGGUUUUUGGAGUACCUCACUACUACUGACUCCAUGUAUGAAGUCCGGAGGUACCUCAGUCAGAGAUUAGAACAACUCGCGGAAAAGAACUUGAAUUUCCGCGAAAAAUUCAAUUCCGCGAUCGAAGUAGAAGCUAGGAGAGUCAAAAACUACAAUGUUCUGGCACAUCGCGGACUCAGUACGGCCUUCACCAGGCCCUUCCUGACGUCGUCCGCGAGUAACGGAUCUCUGGUGACUGUUCAGGAGGUCAACUCUGGACUGCUGAAACGAGGAGUUGUUGAUGUCGUCAUGCAGACGGGUUCUCAUGAGGAGGCACUCUUCUCCCUGGGACUGUUCGCAGGUGGCCUUAGCAGCUUCAUGUCUUCGAAUUCUCAAGAGGAGUCGGAUGAUGAGGAGGUCGCCACUGCGGGGAUGGAGAUCGGAAUCCUCGGAGUAGGAGUCAGGCCCUUUGUCUUCUUCUCGGGACAGGGUGAAUUAAUGGGACACGUGUGGUCGGGAACAGCUUCGGAGAGGACCUCCGCGUUCCAGACGAUUGCUAACCUCCAUCGACACAGGGAAUUGGUGCCAUUGGGUGUUGGGUUCAUCGCGGAGAUUGACGUUGAAGGGGCCGUGAGCUUCGAUCUCGCUGGCCAGAUUCAGCUGUCCCUCUGGUCCAGAAACGCCCAGUCUCUCGUCGAAAUGGGCGCUGGGGUUGCUGUGAAGGGUGGCUUCAGAAUCAAGUCCGAUUUUGUCCUGAGUAAUUCGGAAUUCGCCUUGAUCCUGGAACCCAAAUUGGAGUUAUCCACAGACGUAGAUUUCUCCGGACCCGUUAGCCUCUGCAUGAGAUUGAUGCAGCCGGAUGUGUCCGCCGUACAUCAGAUUUAUAAAAUCGAGAGGAUACCUGGGAGCAAGCAUCGGCUCAGGAAGACGAGAAGGGUCGUUGUACCGACCCCGGCCAGAUCAUAUUUGCUCAAUAAGAAGAAUAAUGAAAUGUGCUCGAAGGUGUUUAGCUAGUGAUCCAUCUUAUUUCUAGAGACUCAAGAAAUUCUAUCGUUAUCCGAACUAUUUUUUCCAAUUGCUCCAUGUGUAUAGUGUAAUAUUGUGAUGCAGUGAAAUGUAUAGAUAUGUGAGAUUCAGAGAUCCGUGAACAUCAGCUGCAAAAACAAAACCAACCAUUGAUGAUAUUCUCCUUCAUGCUCAUCAGAAUGAUAAUUUUGUCCAUUUACUCAUUUUCAAUUGAAUGUCACUCGAUCUAGCAUUACUUGAAAGUCUGCUCAAGGCAUUUGUUUAGUUAUUUUUGUAUGAUAUAGCAAAUAAUUGAAGACGCGACUGAUGAUCCAAAUGAAAUGAUGUUUCUGUUCUGUUCGAUGAAUGCCAUAGUUUAUUAAUAAAAAAAAGAAUAAAAAUAAGUACAAACACA